AUGGCGGCCCUCAAGGCACGGGUGGCGGCCGCCAUCGGCACGAGCAAGGCAAAAGGCGGCUUAAGCGUUGGCCUGCACCCGGCUCUCGAGGAUCUUGGGUCGUGGAAAUCGCAGACCAAGAACACGGACAGUCCGAAGACGCCACAAACACCACAUGUUGAGCCAGCGAAGUCGCCUCGGCCAGCCAUGCCGGCCGGCCGGCCGGGACAGGGCAAGAGCAGGGACCAGAACCCGUACUUUGACGAGAACCUCGCCUUGCAAACGACGGGAAGUCGACGACGGGAACCCAAGCACCUGGUCUUCAAUCAGAAAGGCAAGUAUAUUCAGCAAGCGAGCGCACUCCGUCGGCAGGCCGCCCUGGAAAACAUGAAGAAGAGGAUAGCGGAACAGACGCGCAAGGCCGGCAUCGACGAUGACCUGGAUGUCGAGAAGAACUUCGUGGUUGAGGCACCUCCGAAUAUUGAAUGGUGGGACGAGGGCUUGCUUGAUGGACAGAGCUAUGACGACCUCGAGGACCCGACAAAGCUGAAAAUACUUUCGUCAGACAGCAUCGUGACGGAGUACAUCCAGCACCCAGUUGCUCUGGAACCCCCUCAGGACCGUCAUGCACCGACCGCGAAACCCAUGUACCUGACGUCCAAGGAGCAAGCCAAGAUCCGCCGGCAACGUCGCAUGGCGGAGCUGAAGGAGAUGCAAGCGAAGAUCCGACUCGGAUUGGUACCCGCACCACCCCCCAAGGUGAAAAAGGGCAACCUCAUGCGUGUCCUUGGAGAUGUCGCUGUCAAAGAUCCUACGGCAGUCGAAGCGAGGGUCAACCGCGAAAUCGCGGAGCGUCACGAGAAACACGUCCACGCCAACGAGGAACGCCAGCUCACCAAAGAUCAAAAACAGGAAAAGGUGGCGAAGAACCAGCAAAAGGAUGCGGACAAGGGCAUACACGUUCUGGUCUUCAAGAUAAGCAGCCUGGCCAACGGCCAGCAUCGGUACAAGAUCGGUGUCAACGCCGAGCAGUUGGGCCUCACGGGGACUUGCAUCAUGCACCCCAAAUUCAACCUCGUGAUUGUUGAGGGCGGAGCAUGGAGCAUCAACAAAUACAAGAAGCUGAUGCUUAACCGCAUUGAAUGGACCGAGAAUUCGCCACCGAAAUCGAGGGACGACAAGCGCGAAGCUGGCCGCGACUGGCUCAAGGCCGAGACCGAGGAUGGGAGCCUCAAGGACAUGUCGUUGAACGAAUGCAAGCUUGUCUUCGAAGGCGAGCAAAAGGCGAGAGGCUUUAGGAAAUGGGGCAGCAGGGUUUGCGAGACGGACCAAGAGGCGAGGGACGUUUUGUCACGGUCCAAAAUGGACAAUUUUUGGUCUCUGGCUAAGGGGCUCGCUUAG